AUGGGCAAACUUUUUUCCAAACUCUUCGGAAGUAAAGAAAUGCGUAUUCUUAUGCUGGGUCUUGAUGCUGCUGGGAAAACAACUAUCCUUUACCGAUUAAAACUUGGAUCAAGCGUUAGCACCAUCCCAACUGUUGGUUUUAACGUUGAAACCGUAACUUACAAAAAUGUAAGAUUUAAUGUUUGGGAUGUUGGAGGUCAAGAAAAAAUCAGACCAUUAUGGCGUCAUUAUUUCACUGGAAGUCAAGGUCUUAUAUUUGUUGUUGAUAGUUCAGAUCGAGACAGAAUAGAAGAAGCUAGACAAGAAUUGCAUCGGAUAGCUACUGAUCGUGAAAUGCAAGGUGCUGUCAUCUUAGUAUUUGCGAACAAACAAGAUCUUCCUAAUGGAAGAAAAUCGUUUGUAGUUACAUAUGAGCUUAGGAAUUAUUCUAGAACAUACGCUUGAAAUGUAUUUGUUUAAUAUUAAUAUUAGAAGUUUUUAUAAAAUUCUAAAGUACGAAAUGUGCAAAUAAUUGACUUCCAGGCCUUAUCUGGCUACUGCCGUAGAGCGAUCAAAUAAAUACUUCAAACGUAUAAGAAUGGGAAUAUCUUGGGUUACUAUUAUUAUUAUUGUUAUUAAUUAUUUAUUAUUAUUAUUAUUGUUAAUUAUUAUUUAUUAUUAUUAUUAUUAUCUUUAUUUGAUAUUCUCAGACCAAACUUCAAUCGUUAUUGUAUCGCUACUGAUUUUAUCAUAGUGUGAAUUUUUCUGGCGUCACUUUUACUGAGAUUGAUAACUUGCUUGGAAAUCCUGUGAUUGAUCUAAAGUGUGGAGACAAUACAAUCCUGUUAAGUGAAUAUAUAAUAAUAUGUAUGGUUCACUAAACGUUUUAAAUGGAAACUUAGGAAUGUUUGGCUGCCAGUUUGUCUUUUCAGAAAAUAAUGCUCGAAGAUUAGUCCAUCUUUGAUUUAAGUGAUUAAACUUGUAGACUACUUAUUUAGGGAGUUCUUUCAAGUCAGAAGGACUGGUCAUUAAUGAAAUCUCAUUAUGGAUAGGGUUUGUUCGUUUGGAUUUACGCGGUUUAUCAAAUAAGUAAGAUAAUUUUCUAUAAAAGGGUGAUCAUAUUACUCAACAAUCUGUUCUGGAUUAUUUCGGGACUAUAUGAUAGAUCUUUAGUGACUAAGGACUAUCAUCCAUCUUCUUUCUUCGUCGUGUAUUCUUCUUGUUUAUCUCGUUAUCUCUACUUUUGUCUACUCUUUCCUAACUGCUGCGCAAUGUAAUCAUUUGAAUCUAUUACAUUCUUUGCAAGACUAUCGUUCUGAACAUUCAUGGAAUACGACCCCUUUAGAAGCUCUCAUUAUUCAUCAGAUUUUUAUCGUUCCUAUUAUUAAUGAGUUGUAUUCAAUGACUGAUAAUAGUUUGCAGUCUCAGUCAUCUUGUAGUAAACGAGAACUCAGGUGGGGAAGACCAACUUAUUGUUUGUUUUAAAAUUACAAAGUGCUUUCAGAAAAUAUGGAGCCAAACAUUAAAUACAUUAUUUUCACAUCAUCUUUCAGUUGUCCUUAACAUGCUUCACGAUUCUUCUAAUUCUGUUGUUAUUAGCAUUGCUCUCUGUUUUCCCUUCUGUUCUCUCCAACCCAAUCUUCUGCUGCCAGGUAUUCCACUUCUGAUUGAUGUUACAUACUACUUAUAUCUGUUAACAUAAGUAGGGUACACCGC